GAGACUUCAACUUCCAGUAGACGUUUCUCAGCUCAUCACUUUAGAUGCAUUACUGUGUCUCGUCUCAGUUAUAUAUAUUAUAGGCGUCUUGGAGCUCAUUAGAGUGCAAAAAUGGAUACAAGAAGAUUAACGCAAUAUGUACUCUGUGUAUAUGUGAUACUAGCCACGGUAACUUUAGCACAAGGACAGAUAAAGCGCUGCUUUGCGUGCAGGUCUCGAGGUGCACUUGGAGACUGCAAAGAUCCUUUUAGAUUUAACUCGACACAUCUGGUGCCUGGAGUAAAAGAGGAGCCAUGUGCCUCGGGUUGGUGUUCUAAGAGCAUCGAAGGAAAGAAAGAUGGAAAAGAUCAUGAUCUUGCAAUUGAACGACAGUGUCUCCAGCGGUCUCCACCAGACGAUAAAGAAAGGUGUUCGGAAGCUUUAGUUGGUCAUAGAAAGAUAUUUUUAUGUUUUUGCUAUGGAGAUCUGUGCAACUCUGCUUCAGGAAUUGAGCCUUCCAUUUUGUUGCUGCUCAUACCUCUAGCAUUUCAGAUGCUAUCUAGAACAUAGUCUGUUCUGACAUGGUGCUUUGGAAAUCUGAACUGUUGCUUGUUGACAUUUUUAGGAGUUUAUGUAAAAGUAUUUUUGCAUUAUCAUAUGUUGAUAGAAAUCUCUUGAUUUAAGGAAUGUCCUUUCCUUAUUAUUUCUGGCUUAUCAAUAUUAAAAAUGUAUAAUAAUUAAAAGGAAAGAGAAGUAUUGUGAUGAAUUGCCAAAAAGGUAUAUAGCAUUUUGAUUUGGAUGGUAAAUAUUGAUUAUAUUUUUAUGUUGAUAGUGUAUAAAAUGUGAGGACAAUUCAGCAUUAUCCGUAAAGGAUGCACAAACAAAGACUAAAGGUAAUUAUGUGUAUAUAUACAUUUUCUUGCACAUUUAGGAGUGAUAUAUAUUUUAAUACUUAAACUGGUAGAAAAUAUAUCUGCUUCCCUUUUAAUUUCAAAAUCAUUUUGACUACUUGGCAUUGGUGUCCACUGCAUUUUUAUCAGUUUUACUUGACAUGUCACCGUAUAUGGAAGCAUAUAUGAACUCACCUGUGCCUAAGAUAAACUUGGUACUCUUACGUUCUAGAUAGCCAUAUACAAUUGCUUGACACACAGUAUUAUGGUACGAUGUCUAAUACUUAAAUACUGUAGCAAUGCAUUUCCAUAUUUUAAUAUGGUUAUUACUCAUAUUUGACCAAGCUUAUAUUUGGUAGAUUAUAUUCCUGCUGUAUGAUUAUGCAAAUACAUUAAAAUACACACUAGAUUUUAUAUAUAAAGUAUUGUAUUUUCUGUAAUUUGUUAAGUUACAAGGUGAUAUUUGAUAUAAUUAAUAAAAUCCUAUUGACUGAGUGAUUACUAAAAAUAGACUUGAAAGGAAAGAAAAAAUAAGUUUAAUUUUGCUAAAUGAAUGAAAUGGCUCCAUUCUAAGCAAAAUUGGAGAAAGCAUUGCAUGAUAAUAAAUAAUUCUUUUUUUAUCUAUAUAAAUGUAUAAAUAUAUCUAUGAAUGGUGAAAACACUCUACCAUGUUGAUACUAUGGUAGAAAAACCCACAAUGUAAAAACUCAAUAAAUCUAGCUUUUA